AUGGCACGAGGUCCUCAAGCGAAAGAUUUCACUAUUGGAUGGAUCUGUGCUCUGCCGGUUGAACUCACAGCAGCAAAGGCAAUGUUGGAUGAUGUCUAUGAACGUAGCAGUUAUUAUGCCCAAUAUACGUUAGGGAGGAUUGGCAUACACUCUAUCGUCAUCACCUGCCUGCCCGCUGGCCAAAUCGGCACCGGCUCUGCGGCGGCAGCUGCUGUAGAAAUGCAGUCCAGGUUUCCAGCCCUCCAGAUGGGCCUCAUGGUGGGUAUUGGAGGUGGAGUACCAAAUCAAGAAAGAAAAUUGGAUAUACGACUAGGUGAUGUGGUCAUCAGUCAACCACGAGGAGGAUAUGGAGGGGUGAUCCAGUACGACUUUGGGAAAACGGGUUCAGAUGGACUGAGGACCCGGACUGGGUUUCUUAAUGCACCGCCUGCUGUGCUCCUGACCGCAGUGGCCAACCUACAAUCAAGUAUUAGUGCUGGAAAAAGCAAUGUCUCCCAUAAUUUCUCUGCGCUUACCCAUCUCCCCGAAUUUACUCGUGGUAAUGCCGGAUUAGACACUCUUUUUGAAUCGUCAUACACUCAUGUUGGAGGCCUCACAUGUGAUAAAUGUUGCAAAGACAGGGUUAUCGAGCGUGAGCGACGAAAGAACGACGGAGAUAUAGUCAUUCACUGUGGCACAGUGGCAUCUGGCAAUCAAGUUAUAAAGGAUGCCAUCACAAGGGACAAGUUGAGCUCUGAGCUUGGGGGAAUCCUUUGCUUUGAGAUGGAAGCUGCAGGCGUGAUGAACGUUUUCCCAUGUCUCGUCAUUCGCGGCAUUUGUGACUAUGCAGACUCGCACAAGAAUAAGAGGUGGCAGCCCUUUGCUGCUGCAACAGCUGCGGCAUGUGCUAAAGAAAUAUUGUCAUUUGUUCCUGCGGUACGACAAAGCUACCUUAAUUCCCUAAUGUUUGAUCAGCUAGAAGAUCGGCACGAUACAAUCAAGGCCGCGCACGACAGCACUUGUAAAUGGUUGCUGAGCAGAUGCGAGUACCAAGAUUGGCUCGACGCUUGCAAGCUUUCAGAGCAUCAUGGAUUCUUCUGGAUCAAAGGAAAGCCCGCCACGGGAAAAUCAACAAUUAUGAAAUUCGCCUAUGCGUGUGCCAAGGAAAAUAUGAGGGAUGUGAUUGUUAUAUCAUUUUUUUUCAACGCAAGAGGUGAAGAGCUGGAGAAAUCGGCAGUAGGGAUGUACCGGUCUCUUCUAUUUCAGCUUCUGGAGAGACUUUCAGACCUUAAAGUUGUGUUUGAUAUGUUGCAAGCGCCAUUCAACGAGAACAUUCACUGGUGGGAAACUACGGCUCUCAAGGGUCUUUUCAAAAAUGCAAUACUGAAGCUCAGGAAUCACAGUCUCGCAUGUUUUAUUGAUGCCCUGGAUGAGUGCGAAGAGGACCAAGUCCGAGACAUAGUAUCCUUCUUUGAAGACCUCGGGCAGCUUACUGCAAAAUUGGGACAUCGCUUCUAUGUCUGCUUUUCGAGUCGCCAUUACCCCCAUAUCACUCUUAAGAAGGGUAUCCAACUUGUUCUCGAGAAGCAGCAAGGUCAUGAGGAGGACAUUAUAAAUUAUGUGCAUAGUGAACUCCGAGCUGGGCAGAGCGGUCUUGUUUCACAGAUCAAAUCCGAUAUCAUUAAGAGAUCAUCAGGAAUUUUCCUGUGGGUGGUCCUUGUGGUGAAAAUACUCAAUAAGGAAUACGAUCAUGGUCGCAUCCAUACACUUCGGAGGCGGCUAGAUGAGCUUCCAAACGGAUUGGAUGAGCUGUUUCAGAAUAUAUUGGCAAGAGACAGUGGGAAUAUGGAAGAGUUGAUACUUUGCCUUCAAUGGAUCUUAUAUGCAAAGCGGCCACUAAAACGCGAGGAACUCUACUUUGCCAUAUUAGCUGGAAUUGAACCUGGGGCACUAACUGCAUGGGAUCCUCGGGAAAUCACAAGAGAUGACAUGGGAAGGUUUCUUUUGAGUUCCUCAAAGGGACUCGCUGAAAUAACGAAAUCCAAGGAUGAAACUGUUCAAUUUAUUCAUGAGUCAGUGCGUGACUUUCUUUUGAAAGAAAACGGACUAAGCAAGCUUCGUUCCAACCUUCUAUGUAAUCUCGCAGGCUUAAGUCAUGACCGACUGAAGCAAUGUUGCCAGAGUUACAUAGAUGCUUCCCAACCAGGUCAGCCACCAUCACAACCACUAGCAAGUGUAUCUUUUCAGGAGCCUAUAGAUAUACAGCCAAAGACAUCUGGGAUUUUUCCCUUUCUUGGAUAUGCUGUGCAGAAUAUACUGUAUCACUCCGAUAUUGCGAAUCUACAUGGCAUCGAACAAGAUGCGUUUAUUAAAGAAUUCCCUCUUGGCACAUGGAUUAAUCUGAAAAAUCCAUUUGCAUGCCAGGAACGUCGUUACACAUCGGAAGCAAGCAUGUUAUAUAUUCUGGCAGUAGAAAACUUUCCAAACCUUGUUCGGAUUGCACUCAGUCGAGUUUCGCACAUGGAUAUUACAGGUGAACAUUAUGGUUCUCCUAUACACGGGGCCUUAGCAUGCGGCAACGAAAAUGUCGUCAAGACGCUCUUGUUGCCUAUGUCUAAGUUUAAGUCUGCCAGUGCUAUAGCCAGCCAUCACUCAAAUUAUCCCACAUGCACAAGGUAUCAAGAGGAGAUCAAUUAUCUGCUCAAUAACAGACAGGAUUUCAGUCGUGGUCACGAGACCCUUCUCUGGCAGGCGACUCGACUCGGUAGACUUUCUCUGAUGAAGGUCUUGCUUGCGACGGAAAAAAUUCAUAUUAAUUCUCCAAAUAAUAUCGGUGCAACUCCAUUAUCUUGGGCUGCAAAGAGAGGGCGUUGCGCUGAGGUGAAGCUGUUGAUUGAGCAUGGUGCAAACAUCGAACCCACGGAUCGUGUUGGACAGACACCACUGUCCUUGGCAUCAUUGUAUGGCCACGAGGCUUUGGUGAAGUUGCUGGUUGAUAACGGAUCAAAUACAGAAUCCAGGGAUACUUCUGGCCUCACUCCAUUGUCCUGGGCGACAAGACAAGGUCACGAGACUGUGGUGAAACUACUGACUGAGCACGGUGCAGAUCUCGAGACUAGAAGCCUUUUCGGUCAGACACCGCUAUUCUGGGCCGUAUGGCAAGGCCAUGAAAUGGUGGUAAAGCUGCUAAUCGAUCUUGAUGCCGAUAUGAAAUCUAAAGAUUGUUCUGGCCGGACACCACUUUCCUGGGCCGUAAUGAAGGGGCAUGAGACCAUCGCGAUGCUGCUACGCAGGAAAGCUGCUGAAAAAUCCGUAACGCUAAGGGACAUCAUUUAA